AUGCCAACUUUGACAGUCGGCUGCAAACCAUGCUCACAUGAUGCUCUCAUGACAAAGAAGAGUCCAACACGAAUCCAAGGAGCUUCAACUCUUGUCCGUCAAAGGAAGGUGGAUCACGCCUCAGUGUGCACAGGAGAUUCUUGGGAUAUUCUACUGGGACAAAAACCGAAAGAUGUAGACUUUGCCACCACAGCAACCCCUGAUGAGAUGAAAGCAUUGUUUCAGAAACUGGAUGUGAGAACUAUCAACAAUAAAGGAGAGAGCCAUGGUACAGUUACUGCAAGAAUCGAUUCUGAAAACUUUGAAGUUACAACACUGAGGAUUGAUGUUGUGACAGAUGGUCGUCACGCUGAAGUCCAAUUCACUACCGACUGGGAAAGAGAUGCUGGAAGAAGAGAUCUCACUGUCAAUUCCAUGUUUCUAGAUCAAGAUGGAAAGUUGUAUGAUUACUUCAAUGGCUAUCAAGAUUUGAUGGAUAGGAGGGUUGUUUUUGUAGGUAAUACAGAACAGCGUAUACAAGAGGAUUACCUGAGAAUAUUGAGAUAUUUCAGGUUCUAUGGCAGAAUAGCUAACACACCAGACAAUCAUGAUCCGGAAUGCUUGAGAAUAAUUGAGGAAAACAGACAAGGGCUGGCGAGGAUUUCUGGAGAAAGAAUCUGGAUUGAACUGAAAAAAAUUGUCACUGGAAAUUACAAUGGUGACCUGUUGAAAACAAUGAUCGAUUGUAAAUUGCAUACAUUACUGGAACUACUAUUGCUUGCCUUCCACCAGCGUUGCAAACUGUCUUGUUUCGAACGAGAUCUUGGAUUAUUCAUCAUUUCAAAUAGGAAUAAAACCUACGACAGCAUUGGUGAUUAUAAGAAAUUGAUAGUGGCUGUAAAAAGCCCAUCAGCUGUGGAUUGGGGAAAAGAGUUGAUGAAGUACCGCGGUGACUCUAAAUACAUUGAGGAAAUUUCCAACUGGACUCUUCCUAAAUUUCCAAUCAAAGGAGGAAUGGCUAUAGAACAUGGCGCACCAGCUGGAAAAAGAUUGGGCCCUGUACUUGACAGACUGCUGGCCCAUUGGGUGAAUAGUGAUUUCCAAAUGGCGACUGAAGAACUGCUGAAAAAAGUUCCCGGAAUUGUUGAGGAACUCGAAAAAUCCAGAGCGAAAGAGAGAAGCAAUUCACCUCCUGGCAAAAAGAUUAAGAAAUAAUUUGUAAGAUAACCGUAAAAAUAAAACGUUCUUUAUUUAA